AUGCCUCAGGCGUAUGUGCCUUCGACCACACCCAACCGCUCGACUUCGAGACGAUUAAAGCGGGAGAAGGAGAUGGUCAACAAACCGCAUGCUCCCCGAGCGCAGGGGAACAAGAACAAUAAGAAGCCGGUAGCUGCUACUGCGAAUGGCGAAGAUACCUCGUUCAUAGUCUUUGGGAACGACAAGCCUUCGAAGACGGGGAAGCAGGAUGCGCCAGCGCCCGCCGCUGGAUCAAGUGCUGCCAACAUCAAUGGAAAAGCUGCGACUGCAAAGGACGGCACGCAGCCAGAGCCAGAGAAGAAGCCGGACACCAGGACACUCAUAGCUGGCUCAUCAUGGACGGGCAAGCUUCCCAUGACGCUCUUCAACGAGCUAUGUCAGAAGCAGAAGUGGGAAAAGCCGGAGUACACCAUCCACAGGAAUGCAAGCGGCUUCAGCGGUGGGGUCAUCCUGCGGAAGAAGAAUCCCAAGACGCAGGAGGUUACUCAACUGCCUCCUAUACUGCCACCACUGGAAUACCAGCGAGAGAAGGCGCAAGAGAGUGCGAUAGAAGCAAGGCACUUUGCAGCCGCAUACGCUCUUUUUCGUGUGGCGAACAUGAAAAAUAUCCACAUGACCUUACCACCACAGUAUCGUGACCUGUGGAAAGGUGAUUUCGAGUCGCUGAAGAAAGAAGCGCGAUUGUCUGGGAAAGGCUAUCUAUACGAGGCCGACCCGUUUCUGGCCAAGAAGCAGCAUGACGAAGCUGAAGUAGCUAAGGUUAAAGCACGAGGGGACAAGGCCAAGCAACAAGAAGAGGACAAGAAGCAGCAGGUUGUCAGUCUUGAUGGGCAGGUGCAGAGCAAGCAUGUCCUUCGAGGUUGGCAGAAGGCUCCGAAGGUCGAGAUGGGCUUGAAGACAAGGCGUGAGGUGGAGCGGCUGGUGCGAUCAGACGGCACCUGGAAUUCCAACGGCGUCCGGCUGAGUCCUACGGAGACACGAAACAUCUGCGACGACCUCUCACGGAUCGGCUUUCGCCGGAGUCAUGUUGAAGAAGCGACAGAAUCUUGCAAAGAUCGCGAAGAGUGCCUCGAGUGGCUGCUCAUCCACGUCCCUGAAGAUGACCUGCCGAAAUGGGCUUUGCCUGAGAACUAUCUGGCGGGAGUCAGUCUGGCCAGUGGGGAUCUUCGGAAGGAGGGCAAGCUCAAGCGUCUCUGUGCUGCCGGGUAUCCGACCGAAGUGGCUGCCGAUGCCUUGGAGAAGUGCUCAGGGGAUGAAGCCAAAGCUGCGGAGCUUUUGCAGUCUCAAUUGCUUGAGGUUGAGCCUGAUUCUUCUGAGGCGUCUCAAGCUUCCAGCGAGACCUGGGACGAAGAGCUUGUAACAUUAGAAGCAAUUCUGGGAGAUAGGUUCACAAACCACGACAGAAUAUGUACGAUAUCUUUGGAGCUUUCCAUACCAGCCGGCAAGCCUGUGCUCCUACGCGCUCGUCCGCCCACUCUAGGCUACCCUGAAGCUCUACCCAUCCUGUCUAUUGAGGCUGAACUGCCAGCCUACAUUCGACUCAGCAUACUGAAACGCUGUCUGAACUUUGCAGCUACAAGCCUCAAGGGCGAGCAGAUGCUAUACAGCAUUGUGGACUGGCUCGAAGCAGAGGUCCCUGCCAUCAUCGACAAGCCUGGCAAGCUUAGCGACAUCGCAUCUGCCACAUCUGCACCCAGUGAUACAUCAAGACAAGCGGUAUCGAGGACCAAAGCGCGAAGGCGGAUGCCUAACCCGAUCUCUUGGGCCCAAAAUACGCCGGCUAGCGUUCAAGUGAUGAACGCAUGGCAGGCCAAACAAGCUACACCGGAACAAACGCGGAUGAUUGAGGCUCGUCAGAAACUCCCGGCUUGGAGACUACAAGAUGCAAUUGUAUCCUCUGUCAACAGCAACCAGGUCACCAUCAUAUCGGGAGAGACUGGUUCUGGCAAGUCCACUCAAGGUGUGCAAUUUGUACUCGACGACAUGAUCAAGAGAUGCUUCGGAGCACAAGCCAACAUCAUCUGUACCCAACCUCGCCGUAUCUCUGCACUAGGGCUUGCAGAUCGUGUUGCAGAUGAGCGAUGCGGUAGAGUGGGGGAUGAGGUUGGGUACGCUAUCCGCGGCGAGUCGAAGCACAAGCCGGGGAUCACGAAGCUCCAGUUUGUGACCACUGGUGUACUUCUGAGGAGACUUCAGACAUCCGGAGGCAGUCCGGAGGACGUCGUCAAGAGUCUAGCGGACGUGAGCCACAUCGUCAUUGACGAGGUCCACGAGCGCAGCCUGGACACAGACUUUUUGCUGGUGCUGCUACGAGAUGUUCUCAAGAAGCGGAACGACCUGAAGCUCAUCCUCAUGAGCGCCACCCUGGAUGCUGCAGUCUUCGAGGACUACUUCAGAGGAGCGGCAACAGUAGGACAAGUGCAGAUCGAGGGUCGGACAUACCCAGUUCAAGAUCUUUAUCUCGAUGAUGUGCUUCGAAUGACAGGGUUCGCGCCCCCAGAGGAAGAGGACGCGGCAGACAAUUACCAUGAUCAAGACCCGCGAAAUCAGAGCAACGGACCGGCCCCGGUUGCCAAAGCUCUCCGCGCCGUAGGCACAAGGAUUAACUACGACCUUCUUGCUCGCACAGUACAGUAUAUCGACAACGAGCUGGGUUACGAGGAUGGUGGUAUCCUCAUCUUCUUGCCUGGAGUGGGCGAGAUCAACCAAGCAAUAUCCGCCAUGCGAGGCAUACCCGGCCUCUAUCCGUUACCAUUGCACGCAUCGCUGCAAAGCUCUGAACAGCGACUAGUCUUCAAGAAGCCAUCUUCAGGCCUUCGAAAGGUCGUGGCAGCCACCAACGUCGCGGAAACGUCAAUCACAAUUGAAGACAUCGUUGCUGUCAUUGAUACUGGGAGGGUGAAGGAGACCAGCUUCGAUCCGUACUCGAAUAUGGUCAAGCUUGCUGAGGUGUGGGCAUCGCGAGCAGCAUGCAAGCAGCGGCGCGGCAGAGCCGGCAGAGUGCGAGCAGGAAAAUGCUACAAGCUUUACACCAGGUCCGCAGAGGCAAAGAUGGCAGACAGACCUGAGCCGGAGAUUCGCAGAGUGCCGCUUGAGCAGCUUUGUCUCUCUGUGAAAGCGAUGGGUGUUGCCGACGUUCCAGCGUUCUUGGCCUCAGCUCUAACGCCGCCAGAGAGUCUAGCAGUCGAUGGGGCGCUGAAGUUGCUCGGCCGCAUGGGCGCACUGGAUGGCAGCGAGAUGACGGCUCUCGGAAGACAUCUUUCGCUGAUACCUGCCGACCUGCGCUGCGGCAAGCUGCUGGUUCUUGGUGCCGCUUUCGGGUGUCUAGACCUUGCUCUCACCAUCGCGGCUAUUCUGACUGUCAAGAGCCCAUUCGUCAAUCCCCAGACGAAGCGCGAUGAAUCAAAGGCAGCCAGAGCCAGCUUCGGCGCUUCUAAUGGAGAUCUUAUCUGCGACCUACGAGCCUACCAGGAAUGGAGCGAGCGUCGUUCCCGAGGAGAGCCCACUUCAUCUCUGAGAAGGUGGUGCGACGAAAACUUCCUUUCGCAUCAGACGCUCAUGGACAUCUCGACGAACCGGUUCCAGUACGUCUCGUCGCUCAAAGAGAUUGGCUUCAUUCCGGCCCACUACGACGCCUCGCCUUCCAGCAUGAAAGAUCCCAGCCGAAGCAGCGAUCCUGAAGCACUUAUCCGCGCUCUCGUAGCCGGCGCCUUCCAACCACAGGUCGCCCGUAUCGAGUUCCCAGACACCAAAUUCGCGGCCUCCUCUUCUGGCGCUGUCGCAUUGGACCCUGAAGCUCGAACAAUCAAGUACUUCAAUGAAGAGAACGGCAGAGUAUUCGUUCACCCCAGCUCUACGCUCUUCGACGCCCAAGGCUUCCCCGGCCACAGCGUCUUCAUGAGCUACUUCACCAAGAUGGCGACGAGCAAGAACUUCAUCCGCGAUUUGACGCCGUUUAACGUCUACAGCUUGCUGAUGUUCUCUGGUCCGAUCACGAUUGAUCCGCAAGGGAGGGGACUGCUGGUUGAUGGGUGGUUAAGAUUGAGAGGCUGGGCUCGGAUUGGUGUGCUGGUUUCGAGGCUGCGAACGAUCUUGGACGAUCUGUUGGCUAGGAAGGUCGAUGAUCCUGGUAUGGACAUGUCGACGAGUGCUGUUGUGUCGGUGGUCAGGAAGCUUGUCGAGCUUGACGGAUUGGAUAGGUAG